GGGCCCGAGACUGGGGACUCUGGAGAUGAGCUCCCCACCCGCCUACCGGCCCCAGCACCCUUGCAUUACUCCCCCACUCACACACCCCGCCCUGUCCCUUCCUGCCCCUUCCCUCCGCGAAGAGCUACAAAUCCGAGGCAAUAACUGUCCCCCGUGCCUCCGAGCCUUUGAGCAAUAUCGCAGUCUCCGGGGAGGAGACGGUGCACCCGGCGCAGGGUUCCAGGGUUCAGUUCCUCCGCGGCGCCGGAGCGCAGUCUUUGCACCCGCGGUCCCCGAGCUGCGCAGUUGCCCGCGCCGGCUCGCUCCUGCCCCGGGUCUGGCGAUGCGAUUCUGGCGCCCGGAGUUAAGGAAAGUCGCCAGACCGCAAGUCCAGCGAUUGCCGGCUGAAGUUCGGGGCAGUUGGGGCAGCAGCCCUCGGGCGGUGUGCGUCGGAAAGGCCCUUCUCCUCCUGGGGCUGAACCCCGUCUCUGCCUUCCUCCAGGACCAGCACUGCGAGAGCCUGUCCCCGGCCAGCAACGUCUCUGGGCUGCAGUGCAAUGCAUCCGUGGACCUCAUUGGCACCUGCUGGCCCCAGAGCCCUGCGGGGCAGCUGGUGGUUCGACCCUGCCCUGCCUAUUUCUACGGUGUCCGCUACAACACCACAAACAACGGUUACAGAGAGUGCCUGGCCAACGGCAGCUGGGCCGCCCGCGUGAACUACUCAGAGUGCCAGGAGAUCCUCAGCGAGGAGAAGAAGAACAAGGUGCACUACCAUGUCGCUAUCAUCAUCAACUACCUGGGCCACUGCGUCUCCCUGGUGGCCCUCCUGGUGGCCUUUGUCCUCUUUCUGCGGCUCAGGAGCAUCCGCUGCCUCAGAAACAUCAUCCACUGGAACCUCAUCUCGGCCUUCAUCCUGCGCAAUGCCACGUGGUUCGUGGUCCAGCUCACCAUGAGCCCCGAAGUCCACCAGAGCAACAUGGGCUGGUGCAGGUUGGUGACAGCCGCCUACAACUACUUCCAUGUGACCAACUUCUUCUGGAUGUUUGGGGAGGGCUGCUACCUGCACACGGCCAUCGUGCUCACGUACUCCACCGACCGGCUGCGCAAGUGGAUGUUCAUCCUCAUUGGCUGGGGUGUGCCUUUCCCCAUCAUCGUGGCCUGGGCCAUUGGGAAGCUGUACUACGACAAUGAGAAGUGCUGGUUUGGCAAAAGGCCUGGGGUUUACACCGACUACAUCUACCAGGGCCCCAUGAUCUUGGUCCUGCUGAUCAAUUUUAUCUUCCUUUUCAACAUCGUCCGCAUCCUCAUGACCAAACUUCGGGCGUCCACCACGUCUGAGACCAUUCAGUACAGGAAGGCUGUGAAGGCCACUCUGGUACUGCUCCCCCUCCUGGGCAUCACCUACAUGCUGUUCUUUGUCAACCCCGGGGAAGACGAGGUCUCCCGGGUCGUCUUCAUCUACUUCAACUCCUUCCUGGAGUCCUUCCAGGGUUUCUUCGUGUCUGUGUUCUACUGUUUCCUCAACAGCGAGGUCCGCUCUGCCAUCCGGAAGAGGUGGCACCGAUGGCAGGACAAGCACUCGAUCCGCGCCCGGGUGGCCCGCGCCAUGUCCAUCCCCACCUCCCCAACCCGUGUCAGCUUUCACAGCAUCAAGCAGUCCACAGGGGUCUGAGCUGGAAGGCCGUGUCUGGAGGGGACCAGCUCCUUCCCCACCCCAUACUGGCCCCGAGACCUGGGAGGCCCCUCCCUGACCCCCAGCUGAGCAGGAGUUCUGGGCUCUGAGAGCAGCCACAGUCUGGGCCAUGGGACAAUUGGAAAAUAAGCUAUAGGACUCGGCUGGGCCCAGAGCCUCUGGCUCCCCCUGGCCCCCAGUCCUCCCUGGCGAGUGGAGUGAGAAUGGGGAGCCAGGCCAUCCAAAGCAGCACAGGGGUCUCUCCAAGAGGUGUCCUCCCAGAGCACAAGGUGGCCAAUGCACUGUGGGGGUAUUCGCUGCCCCAGGGGCACCAUGGGAAACUCUUGGAACAGCAUCCCAACCACGGAGAUAAUGCCUCCGGGCCUUAGCAAUGCCUUCCAACAACGCUGGGAACCAAGGCUUGCUGUCAGAGCCCUGGAGACGUUAGAAAUCGGUGGCAUCAUCAGACAUCAGGCUACGUGACCAGAAAUCCUCCCACGCCACCAGAACGUCAUCUGGCCCUGUGGUGCUGCCACCAGAAAUGCCCUGUCUCGCUGCACCCUUGGACUUUUACUGCCCUGCCGGCCACACAAGCUCCCUCUCCCUAACCUCCUGCCCCAGGUGUCUCCACCUUUGUGAGAAGAUGGGGGCUGGGGUGUGCCCCAGCCAAAGCCGGUCUCCCUGUGAAGGGGCGGAGAAUGCAGAGGACCAUCCAGCCUGCUGACUGAAGUGACCUGGCCUCUGGGCAGCCCCUCUGCUGGUCACAGAGAGCUUGUUGCCCUGGAUGUCCUCUGGGGACGCACUGUUAGCUACACAAAGAUAGGAGAAAGGGCAGGCCCCUCAGGCCCCAGCGCCUGGAGCAGCACAAGUGGCCCUUGGGUCAGCUGAUCGCAUCCACCCCAGGCAUAGACUGGCCCAGCCCUCACUGGACAGCCAGGGCUUUGGGGGUGCAGGGCUGGGAGAUGGGGGUGGCUGAUGUAAAUAAUAAUAAUAUUUAUCUUUUCAACCAG